AUGGGAUUCAUAUCUCCUGAGAGCACACAAAGCCUCAAUGAGUCAAGAACUGGACAUUUGACUAAGCCCGUGGAGACGAAUCGCGAUGGUCUACGGUCUUUCAAAGUCGUAGGGCUCACGUCGGAGACACCAACAUGCACGGGCAUGGAUGAGAAGAUUGUGUUGGCAUCCUGGCUGCUAGUCCUUUUGCGCACUCAAGAAGACGGUCGCGCCUCUUUCGAAUGGACAUAUAAGGGCGAAGAGGAUGGAGGCGAAAUGGAGCCGGUGCACAGUGUUUCCUCAGAUCAAGUGAUGCCAAGUCUACAAAGUAACAUUGGGCAAGUCGCCGCGGCAAUUUCCAAUCAAAUUGAGAGGGUCGCAUCGAGCCCGCGAGCUUCUUCUUCACUUGUACUGAGCACCAGCUCUUUUUCGCAAACAACAGAGGGGACGGAUCAAGACGCUCUGCAUCUUGAGGUUCGCUUCAAUCGAAAUCACCUCAAGAUCCGACCAGUAUGGCAGAGUAACAGUUUCCUGCCUUAUACAGUAACUCGCCACAUUGAAACACUGGUCGAUACUGUCAAGGCAUUCAUUUCGAAUUCCGAUGCCUCCGUCGAAGACAGUAUUCGUCCGAGUGAACAUGAUUUGGACCAUCUUUGGGGCUUGAACUAUGACCUGCCGCCAUACUAUGACUUUUGUAUGCACGAUGUUUUCUCCGGAGUGGCUCGGAAAUUUGCCGAUAAAGAGGCCAUUUCAUCUUGGGAUGGCAGCUUGACUUAUGGCCAAAUCGACCGCUAUUCGGCAUUCUUGGCUAAAGAGCUCCAAGAUUCGGGUGUCAAGCUCCACGAUUUUAUUUCUGUGUGCUUCGAGAAGUCACGCUGGACAAUAGUUGCGGUGCUUGCCGUGAUGAAGGCAGGAGGAACCCUUGUCAUGAUGGACCCGACACUCCCGCUGGCGCGUCUCCAGAAUAUGGCAAAGCAAACCGGUUCAACGACUAUGGUGUCAUCUCGCAAGCAAUAUGACCUUUCAGUGGAGAUUUUGCCGGACGGAAAGCAUUUCGUGGUGGAGGAAGAGGAGCAGGCGAAAAUUUCUUCUUCAGAGCCUCUGCCAGAGCUUCCAACAGUCCCGUCCACUGCUUUGAUGUACCUCAUAUUCACAUCUGGCAGCACAGGUACUCCCAAGGGCGUCAAGAUCUCCCACGGAACCUAUACAAGUAGUGCUUUCGCCAGAGCGAAAGCAGUUGGAUAUACUGAGACUUCACGUGUUCUUGAUUUUGCGUCCUAUGCCUUCGACGUCAGCAUUGACAGCAUGCUCUUGACUUUGGCCAACGGUGGUUGCCUAUGUAUUCCUUCCGAUGAAGACCGACUCAACGACAUAAACGAAGUGAUUCGGAAUAUGAAAAUCAACUACGCAGGUAUAACUCCCUCGGUUGCUCGUAUCCUCGAGCCGGAUGUCAUUUCGUCCCUCGAAGGUCUUGGUCUUGGAGGAGAGGCUGCCUCGGCUAGAGAUGUCACGCUUUGGGGCAAGGAUACCAGAAUCAUCAUUGGAUAUGGACCUUGCGAGUGCACUAUUGGUUGCAAUAUCAACAGCAGUGCUGCCACUGGAAGAGACUACGUCUCCGUUGGCCCUGGUAAUGGAGCUUCCAUCUGGAUUGUCGACCCUGAUGAUCAUGAGCGACUUAUGCCUGUUGGUGCAGUUGGAGAGCUUCUUGUCGAGGGUCCAAUUGUCGGUCAGGGAUACCUGAAUGAUGAUGAGAAGACUGCCAGUGUUUUCAUCCAGAACCCAUCAUGGCUUGUUGCAGGUCAUAAGGGCUUUGCUGGGCGUCGAGGCCGUCUCUACAAGACAGGUGAUCUGGGCAGAUAUGACCCUGAUGGCUCAGCAGGGAUCAUCUUCGCUGGGAGGAAAGACACCCAGGUCAAGCUUCGUGGACAACGUGUUGAGCUGGGGGAAAUCGAGAGCCAGCUUCAGUCCCGUCUCCCUUCAGGCACCACCAUGAUUGCGGAGGUCAUUACGCCUCAAGGGUCCGGCGGUCAGGCUACACUGGUGGCAUUCGUUGCAUCUCAGUCCGCAAAGGGAGAUACAAACAAGGAACUUGCCUUUGUUUCGAUGGAUGACCUGCGCACCGCACUCUCCAAGGCCGACACAGAAGUCACCAAGGUGUUGCCACGAUACAUGGUUCCCACUGCUUAUAUCCCGGUGAACUACAUACCCACUCUCAUCUCAGGGAAGACGGAUCGCAAGCGCCUUCGAGCCUUUGGAGCUACGGUUGAUCUACGGCAACUAGACCAAGGUUCCACAAGUGCUGCAUCCAGGCCACUGAAUGACCUCGAGCUGCGAUUGCGACAGGCUUGGAGUGAGAUUUUGAAGAUAGACACCGAGUCAAUCCGCCUUGAGGACAAUUUCUUCGCUCUGGGAGGUGAUUCCCUAGGAGCAAUGAAACUGGUGUCUGUCUGCAGAGGCCUAAGGCUUGAUCUAUCCGUCAUUGGCACAUUUAACCAUCCUACACUUUCUUCAAUGGCUGAAGUUGUGAACUCCAUUGAUUCGGAAGUGCAGACAGACACACCAGCGUUCUGCAUGACUUCUCAGCCUCUUGAGAGCGCCUGUCUUGAAGCGGGGCAGAUUUGUGGAACAGACCGGUCAGCUGUCGAAGACAUCUAUCCAUGCACACCCACACAGGAGUCCUUAUUUACCUUUUCUCUUAAGUCUAUCGAGCCCUAUGUUGCUCAAAGAGUCUCUAUCAUUCCAUCGCAUAUCAGCAUAGAGGACUGGAAGAAGGCAUGGGAGGAUGUGGUUGCCACAAGCCCGAUCUUGCGCACCCGCGUGGCUCAGCUUCAAGAUCCAGGACUCCAGCAGGUCGUUCUGAAGGAGUCCAUCUCGUGGAGGAAUUCUACUGAUCUGGAGCAAUAUCUGUCAGAUGAUCGGAACGAGAGGAUGCAUUUCGGGGAGAGCCUCGCUCGCUAUGCCAUCGUUAAUGAUUCAAAAGAUGGCAAGCAAUAUAUGGUAUGGACCAUUCACCAUGUUGUAUAUGAUGGGUGGUCAGAACCUGUGAUUCUCGAAAAGGUCAAGAAAGCUCUCAGGAACCUACCUGCUGAAAUAGAGACACAUAUGAAAGACUUCGUCAAGUGGUUCCGUGACACGGAUGAAAUUGCCAUGCAAGAAUUCUGGCGUCGCGAAUUGAAGGGUGCUGUCGGUCCGCAGUUCCCUCGCCUUCCCUUCCGUGACUACUUGCCAACCCCAACGGGAUACGCUGAGCACCAGAUUCCUUUGAAAACAACCGCUGGAUCUCCCUUCACUCUGGCCACGCUGAUAAGAGGUGCAUGGGCACUAGUGGCGUCGCAGUACACUGGAAGCGACGAUGUGGUCUUCGGUGAAACGCUAACAGGUCGGGACAUUCAGCUACCUGGUGUCGAGAAUGUGCUGGGUCCACUCAAUGCGACCAUUCCUAUUCGUGUUCAUGUCAAUCGGAAGAAAUCCGUUGAGUCAUAUCUUCAGAGUAUCCAGCAAGCCAUCUUGGCUCGAACGCCUUACCAACACAUGGGUAUGCAGUUCAUUCGCAAGGUCAGCAGAGAUGCCCAACAUGCAUGCGAGGCCGGUACCGGCCUGGUCAUUCAACCUGAUCCUGAGUAUGAGGUCAGCGAGCUUGGCUUCCAGCAGGGAGAUCCUGCACGCGAGGCUCUCCACUUCAACCCCUACCCACUCAUGCUGGCAUUUGGUAUUCGGAAGGGUGGCUUUAGAGUCUGCGCAAGCUUUGAUCCAGGUCUGAUUAAAGAGUCCCAAAUGCAGCGCAUUCUAGUUCAGUUGGAGACGGCGUGCUCCCAGUUAAACAAAGAUCUUUCCAGAAAAAUCGACCAGAUCUCAUGUUUGCCAGAAGCCGAGUUGAACCAAAUUUGGCGAUUCAAUGAACUCCCACCCUUGUCUUUCAAUGAAGAAUCUGGAAAGCUCCGUGCCGAUCCUACCAUCAAACAAGGAUCAGUCUAUCCUAGAGCAGCAGUGCCCUGGGUAUGCGACCCCCGAAAUCUAGACCUUCUAUUGCCCAUUGGCUGUGCCGGCGAGCUCUUGCUCGAAUGCUCUUUCUUGGGUCAGACGACCGAGUCACCUCUUUGGCUUUCUUCUGGAAGCUCUGAGGUCGCGGGCCGCUCUGGAAGAAUACAAAGGACAGGAGACAUCGUUCAGUUGCAAGAAGACGGCAGUCUAACAUUCGUUGGCCGCAAAGAAGAGAUUGUGCCUGUUCAUGGGCAUGCAGUGAACAUGGCGGAGUUUGAGUCCCAAUUUGCACAACACCUCCCGGAAUCAACGCGUGCUGCUGCUGUCGUUUCCAAGUCGUCGCUCGAGUCGGAGCUGAUCAUCUUUAUUGAGAAGCAAAAUUCCCAAGAAGAGACGGUCAAUGUCAUGUCGACGAGCCAAGAACUCGUCCAUGGCUCAGAAUCGCAGCAAAUCCAAGCAGUCAUCUGCUCCACUAUCCCCAUUAGUCUUGCAGCAGCAAUCAAGAAGCUUGACAAGUACAUUCGGGACGAUCUUCCGUCACACAUGAUUCCCUCUGCAUAUAUUGUGAUUGCAGAAAUGCCAACUUCGAAAGGACAGAUUGAUCAGAGUGUCUUGAGCCAGAUUGCCUCAAAAAUCCCCCGGAAUGUCCUCUUUGAGCUUCAACAAGGCUUCAAGGACUCAUGGAAGAAAGUCUCUGCUCUGAAAAGUCUAUCAGCGUCGGAAAGCAUUCUCCGGGCUGCCUGGGCUAAAAUUCUUGGGCUCAAUCAGGACCAGAUUGACGUGGAUGACAACUUCUUCCGUCUGGGUGGUGACUCCGUUCUUGCAAUGAAACUUGUGUCCAGUCUCCGUUCUCAAGGGCACAUUUUGUCUGUUGCCGACAUUUUCCAGCAUAUGCGCCUUCGCAAUGCAGCGAAGAUAUUGAAGGUUGGCCAGGCGGCUGCAGCCAAAGUUGAGUCCUACAAACCAUUUUCCACCCUGAAUUCAAUCAACAAGGAUCAAUUCUUGUCCGAGGUUGUUCUACCCAAGCUUCAAGUAUCGUCCUGGUCUGUUCAAGAUGUGCUUCCCGUGACAGAUUCCCAGGUCAUUGAUAUCAAGGCAACCUUCGAGGCACCUCGUACAGCUGUUCAAUACACACUGUUGUACUUCGACGGCGGGAUCUAUCGCAAGCAACUGCUUCGUGCAUGUGGUGAUCUCGUCAAGACUCACGACAUCCUGCGCACUGUCUUUAUUGAGGAUAACUCGAUCUUCUACCAAGUUGUCUUGAGCGAUCCUGAUAUCCCUAUUGCCAUGCACAAAACUGAUGCAGAUCCCGAACACUUCGUCGCUGAGCUCUGCGCCGAACAAACGGACUCAGGGUUCCACCUUGGAUCACCUUUCUUCAAGAUGCACCAUGUCGAGGGCAAAGAUGGCCGGGAGUGUCUAGUUCUGGGACUAUCUCACGCCCAAUACGAUGGAAUUUCUCUUCCCAGACUACUGCAGGACCUUGAGACCUUGUACACCGGAGGAAAAGUUGCUGACUUCGAGCCUUUCUCCUCUUACGUGGCUUGGACUGCUACUGAAAGCGUCCAGACGAAGGCAAUCGCCUACUGGCGCGACCUUCUGAAUGGCUCAGCCUUAUCAGUUCUCCCCGGCACGACAACGCAACCCGAAGACAAGGGUGAAUUUCAGACAAAAGCUGUCGAAAACUUCAAGUCCGUCGAAGAAAUCACCACUGCAAAUAUUCUUACAGCGGCAUGGGCCCUUCUGUUGGCUCGCCGUCUCCAGACGAUGGACGUCACGUUUGGCAGCGUCACAUCUGGCCGCAUGAUUGAUCUGCCCAAUGCAGAGAACAUCCAAGGGCCAUGCUACCAGCUGACCCCGAUUCGGGUCCCUUUCCAGAACAACUGGACAGCUAUUGACCUCUUGAAAUUUGUCCAGAAGCAGAGUGCACACUCUGCUGCUUAUGACUUCCUCGGUUACAAGAAGAUCUCGAAGGAAUGUGCACAGUGGUCGCCAGAGGCUGCCGGCUUUGACUCCCUCGUUCACCACCAAGACUGGGAUGAUUUCGAUAGCAUGCCAUUUGCUGGUGGCAGCUGCAAGGUUGAUAUCUCCAGUCCACAUGGAGACUCUCCUCGCCCCUUCAAGGUUGUUUCUUUCAUGAAAGAGGAAAAACUGCAUGUUGGUGUUGUUGGAAGUGAAAGAGAUUCAACUUUCGCAGGCUCAGUCCUCGAGGAGCUGGCUGCUAUUGUUGAAGAAAUUUGUACUCAUCGUGAAGUUACUUUGCUCGACGCCUAG